CUCUUACCCCGCUGUUCUCUUCACGACCACGCAACGACGAGCAGCAGCGACACGAUGAGCGGGUCACAGGCGCAAAUACAGAAGGCUAUAGGCCAAAUCCAAUCAAAGGCCCCCCUUCCGGAGAUCGACUUUACCCAGCACCAGCUCGAGAAUGGCUACACGAUUAGCACCCAGGAGCGCGUCGUCAAAGAGGUGCAAGCCCCGGCCAUGACGCUCCCUACCGACGCUCAGUUCUUCUCGAAAACGGACCCGUCGAAGCCGGACGUCGGUUUCUUGAAGAACCACUUCUAUCGUGAGGGUCGCCUCUCUGAGGAGCAUGCGCUCUUCAUCCUGGAGAAGGGAACGGAGAUUCUGCGUGCGGAGCCCAAUCUCCUGUAUGUCGACGCGCCCGUCACUGUGUGUGGCGAUAUUCAUGGACAAUAUUACGACUUGAUGAAACUCUUCGAAAUUGGAGGAAACCCUGAAACCACGCGCUACCUUUUCCUGGGAGACUACGUCGAUCGCGGCUACUUCAGCAUCGAGUGUGUACUAUAUCUCUGGUCCCUGAAAAUCUGGUACCCUGAGACCCUCUUCCUCCUUCGCGGCAACCACGAGUGCCGGCACUUGACGGACUACUUCACGUUCAAGCUUGAAUGCAAGCGCAAGUACUCCGAGCGCAUCUACGAUGCGUGCAUGCAGUCGUUCUGCGCCCUCCCUCUGGCUGCCAUCAUGAACAAGCAGUUUUUCUGUAUCCAUGGUGGCCUAUCCCCCGAACUCAAUACCCUUGAUGAUAUCCGUGCUAUCGACCGUUUCCGUGAGCCUCCUACUCAAGGUCUCAUGUGCGACAUGCUGUGGUCGGACCCGGUCGAAGACUUCGGCCAGGAGAAAACGUCGGACAGUUUUGUGCACAACCACGUGCGGGGCUGCUCAUACUUCUUCACUUACCAAGCUGCAUGUCAAUUCCUGGAGCGCAACAAGUUGCUCUCAAUCAUACGUGCACACGAAGCGCAGGACGCAGGGUACCGCAUGUACCGCAAGACGCGGACAACUGGUUUCCCCUCCGUCAUGACGCUUUUCUCCGCCCCCAACUACCUCGAUGUAUACAACAACAAGGCCGCAAUUCUGAAGUACGAGAGCAACGUCCUGAACAUCCGUCAGUUCAAUGCUACCCCACAUCCCUACUGGCUUCCCAACUUCAUGGACGCGUUCACCUGGAGUCUGCCCUUCGUUGGCGAGAAGAUUACCGACAUGCUGUUGGCGAUGCUCAACUGCUGCACGAAGGAGGAACUCGAGGAGAGCUCGGACGAGGAGACGUUGAUCUCACCAACGCCGUCUGAGGAGCAGCAGGAACGCCGCAAGGUCAUCAAGAACAAGAUCCUUGCUGUUGGACGCAUGUCCAGGGUGUUUGCUCUGUUGCGAGAGGAAUCCGAGAAGGUGUCCGAGCUCAAGAGCGUGUCUGGCUCUGCCAAGCUGCCGUACGGCACUCUUGCUCUGGGAGCGGAGGGUAUCAAGGAUGCAAUCUCUGGAUUCGAUGAUGCCCGGAAGUCGGACAUCGAAAACGAACGCCUCCCUCCCGACUUGUACGACCUCGAAACCCCCGAGGGCAUGGCCCUCAUCUCGUCGCAGCCCGCGACCCCCUCCGAAGACGCGUCAUCGCCCCCUUCCCCUAAUGGCGUCGCCGCCGCUCUGGAGCAAGUCAUCUCGGGCGCCACUUCAACGGGCCCUCCUGGUGCCGCUCCCGGAUCUCCCCUGUCGCCUACAUCGCCUACCUCCCCCAUCUCGUCGUCGACUUCGCCGUUCAGGCGGGGCCACGGCCGUCAGGCCAGUCUCGGGACGACGAUGACGAGCCCAAGUACCCGUCGCCGCAGUCUGGAGAGCACGAUGUCGCUCAUCCAGGAGGCGUGGGACGGCAAGACCCCGGAGAAGGACAACGAGCUCAUGAAGCUCGCGGACCAGGUAGCGGGCAAGAGCACGGGCAAGAAUUCGUCCGAGUCCGGGCGGACGAGCCCGAGCUAAGCUUGCGGACGUAUGGGGGACAUGGACAGCACUCGCUCGUCGUCACGGACAGAGUGGGAGGAGCGAGAGGGAUUGUCACGGUAGUCUUUGCAUUGCACUGUAUAUCCUGGAGGCUGGUGUAUUUCAUCGUUGUUUUUCUUCUCUCUUCCUGUACUUUCGCGCUUCAUACACAGAUUGGCAAUCGCUUUGCGCGCUCGUGGUGCCGCUCUCA